AUGACGUAUGCCGUCUCGCUCACUCUCAUCAUACCGAUCCUUUACAAUACAACAGCUAUUUUUUUUUUUACCAUAGGCUAUCGGCAGUUUUACGAUGCGGGGAGUGACGAAGAAGAGGCUCUCGCUGAGGCGACGAGAGCUGUGGAGGAAACGGAUCUAGAGCGUCAAACAGCCCUCUACCAACCGUUGCACGAGGAGGGGGUAGGGGAAGAACCUAGAGCGAGCACCUCGGCAGCCCCGGCCGAGACGAUACCGCAGCAUUUUACCAUAUAUCGGCCGUUUUACGACGCUGUGAGUGACGAAGAAGAAGAGGCUCUCGCUGAGACGACGAGAGCUGCGGAGGAAGCGGAUCUAGAGCAUCAAACUGCCCUCUACCAUGUAUAUAAAAGCUACUGGCGCGGUUUUUUUUCAGAACCGCAGCAUGAGGAGAGGGUCGAGGAAGAGCCUAGAGCGAGCACCUCGGCAACCUCGGCCGAGCCGGUACCGCUGCAGCCCGAAUUUGAUGACGACGAGGCGUCGACUAUUCUCAACCCCUCCUUGAUGUUUAGCGAUCGGUCUGAUAUACUGGCUGUGUACCGGCACACCAGAGCUAACGAUGACGACGGAGCGAUAGCGGGUCCAUCGUAUCACCACCAUCGUCAGCAGGAAGAUGAUGACCUCGUACAACCCGAGAAUCAGCUGGGGGUGUAUCCGCUGGACGCUCAACAGGCGGAGGAGGAGCGUCUAAACGAGGAGCGAUUAGAAGCUAGACGCUUCGGCCUAUGGUUUCAAGAGCUGAUGGAGUGUGAUUCAGGGUACUCGUCAGCUGACUCGUCAGCUGUCUCGUUAUUGGCGUACCGUGAUUAG